AAUCAACCAUAUGACAAAUGUGUUGCUCAUUCAGCCCAUCCUGAAACCAUUGGCCCUUCGUCUGCUUAGCAACACGCCCUACAGCCCCGGCAGAAGUGAUCGAGUGAAGAGUUUGAAGACGUGGCGUGGGGAACCAAUGCCUCAUAAGCACGAGCUCUUUCCCGACAAACUGGUGGACCUACACGGGCAUCCGAUGAGAGUGGUGACCUUCCACUUCCCUCCGCGGAUUUUCAUGGAGGAAGACUCCGACGGCAACUAUAAUUUAUAUGGCGUUGAUAUAGAGGUCGUGCGUUCUCUCAGCAAAGCCUUAAACUUCACGGUGAGCUUCGUGCGUCCUUCCGACGGCGAGAUGUGGGGCUGGGAGCAGGGCAACGGCACCUGGACGGGCCUCAUGGGGGACCUCCAGCACCGGAAGGCAGACAUCGGCGUCGCUGACCUGUACAUCAUGGAGCCGUAUUUCGCCAUCAUCGACAUGUCAUUGGCAUACGACAUCGAGUACCUUUGUUUCGUCAAUCCCGUGCCCGGGCCGCUGCCCCAGUGGAUGGCUCUGGGGCUACCCUUCCUGGUGGAGACUUGGGGCGCCAUCUUCUGCACCGUCUUGGUGGGCAUGCUGGUGUUCACCCUCCUGGCGCAGAUGGGCUUCCUCGGGGGGCACCUGCACGAGGCCCCGUGGUUCCAGAACGGCAGCAACACCUGUCUCCUUCUCGUUGCCUGCGUCAUGAACACCGCCUGGACGCGCGUCCCGACGACGUCCCACCUCCGGAUCUUCAUGGCCCUGUGGAGCCUCGCCUUCGUCAUCCUCGCGGUGGCCUACAAGGGGUCCCUCGUCUCGUACUUGACGGUGACACUCGAACAGCCUCCGAUUGACACGCACAAACAGCUGUUGGAGAGGGGCGUGAGUGUCGGCAGCAUCGGAGACACACUCAAGCGAAUCAUGGAGAAGAACGCAGACCAGCAUGUGCGGAAGCUGGCCCAGGGGUACGAACAGGUGCAGUCGACCAGCGAAGGGCUCCGGAGAACGGUAGAAGGUGAGGCAGGACAUGUUCUGAGGACGGAAGUGCCGACUCUUAAGGCUCUGCAUUCACAAAGACACCGCUUCCCCGCGCUCGCUCCCGCAGGCAGCUUCUCCUUCCUGGAGAGCCGCGGCUUCCUGGACUACACGAUCGCCGUCGACUACACCGACGGGCGCGGCCGGGCUUCGCUCCACGCCAUGAAGGAGUACAUCGCCCCCUUCGGCAUCGGCCUCGCCUACCCGAAGUACGUUCCUUUCAUCGCCAAGUUCAAUCGCAUGAUCAGGCGGCUGACGGAGGCGGGGCUGGCGGAGAAGUACAUGGCCGAUAUCAUCCUGAGGAGGAAGCAGGCGAAGAUCGGCGCGGCGGCGGAGAGAGAGGGAGACCAGAAGGAGAGGCUAGGCAGCGACCCAGAAUCCGGGGUUACGCCCCUAUCCCUGGACAACCUUCAGGGGGGGUUUAUCCUCCUGGCUCUCGGCUAUGGACUAGGGCUACUGAGUGCCAUGGCGGAGGGGCUAUUUGCUCUCGCUACGAGGCCGUCGGAGAGCUUAGCACGUCGUUAGGUUAGUGGUGGUUAGGGUGGUGGUAAGGAAAUGGCUAG